AUGCGGUUCAAAGCCUCGAUCCAGAACAUCCACACCUUCAACAAAUUUGUCGCCUCUCUCGCUUCCUUGGGCCACAUCGCUUGGGUCAAGCUCAACUCCAAGGCCGUCCACUUCACCGUCAUCCCGGAGCAAGGAACUCAGGUCUGGUCCGUCUUGUCCAUUGACUCCAUAUUUGAGACGUACACCAUCCAGUCGGCAUCGGAGGACAACACCAUCAACCUUGAAGUUCCGUUGGCGCCGUUACAGCGGGCCUUGAAGAGCGCCCAGAAUGCUAUUGCGGCGAACAUCCGUCUCACGAAGAAGGAUGGCAUUCCUCUUCUCAGUCUGACCAUCACAACUCUGGCUAUGAAUACUUCAUCGGCACCUCCACCGACCUCCUCCGGCUUCCACAACAGACGAGAGAAUGGCUUUGGCGAUACCGAAGAUCACACCGGCGAUGGCUUCGAUGACCACUUCCGUGAGGAGACCGCAGACUUCUUCAGCAGUCGACCGGAUCGCGAGACCACCGUGACCCAGGAUAUCCCUGUCCGAGUUCUCGCUCCAGCAUCUGUCGAAGGUCUUCAUGAGCCCAGGAGUCGAGAGCCUGAAGUCCACAUCGUACUUCCGAAUCUGAUGCAGCUGAAGAGCAUUUCCGAUCGCUUCACGAGGCUUGCCUUGUCCACAAAAGCAGGCACUCGCCCUGGUGGAAAUUCAGGACCUAAGCUAGAACUCAGCGGCAACAUGCACGGCUGUUUGCGGCUUAGCCUCAACACAGACAGCCUCCAUGUCUCCUCUCUUUGGACGAAUCUGGAAAACCCUGAGCUGGACCCAGGCCAGAUGGCGGGUGGCGAAGAAGGACUUGCCAAUCACCCUAGCACGCGAAUGAAGAUGCUAGGCGACGCAACUGGGCAGAGUGAGGAAGGGUGGUCGACGGUGCGAGUGGACGGGAAGGAUUGGGGGAGGGUGUUGAGUGUGGGACGGCUGGGUGGGAGGGUCAUUGCUUGCUUCUCUCAUGAUCAUGCAAUCGUGCUGUAUGUUUAUACGGGUGGGGAUGAGGAUGGGGUGGGAGAGACGGUGUUGACGUACUACAUCAGCUCUUACAGUGCAUGA